CUGCUCGGUUGUCAUUCAUCAUCCAUCAGUCUGGCGAGAAGUGGGGGAGCAGCAGAAAAAAAUCGAACUUUUUCGCGAGAUUGAUAAAACGCUAUUAUUGUGGACGGAUUUCCGCGAGUGAUUACAGAACAAAAUCUAAUUGUUGUUGGAAGUCAUUGUUCUAACGGGUUAGCAAUUACAUGCCCUAAUUGUGCGUGUCGUUUUCGCUUCGCUAGUGAAAAAUCCGCUCACAGGCUGAAUGGCGAUCAGAUUCUGAGUUUGUUUUGGGAGUGAUUUUUCUAUCGGGAGUUUCUCCGUCGCGAAAAUUGGCGUGAAAAGUGACACUUCCCCUGAAAAGUAGGACAAUUAUCGUGGAAAGUAGAGAAACGCAGCCGGAACAAUGUAUCAGAGCGCCUGCAGUGCCGCUGCUGGUGGCUGUGCGGAACCGGAAAGAACCGAUCGGGAUGGGUUGAUAAGUCACGAAUCGGCGGUGGCCCCGGUGGAACACGAUUACAGUGGAUUCGACAUCGUAAAAGCGACCCAGUACGGUGCCAUUGGUCGGGUGAAGGAAUUGAUCGAAGCCGGAUGGGAUGUGAAUCAACCGGACAGCGAAACGGUCACACUUUUGCACUGGGCGGCCAUCAAUAACCGGAAGGACAUUAUCAAGUAUUUCCUGGACAAGGGCGCAAUAGUGGAUGCCGUGGGAGGGGAGCUGAAUGCUACACCGUUACAUUGGGCCACUCGGCAGGGUCAUUUGGGAGCGGUCGUUUUGCUGCUGGCAGCCGGAGCCGAUCCCAGUUUACGAGACGCGGAAGGUUGUUCCUGUAUUCAUUUGGCGGCACAGUUUGGACACACGGCACUGGUGGCCUAUUUUAUCGCCCGAGGAGUUAAUCCGGAUCUUCAGGACCGGGGAGGAAUGACGGCACUGAUGUGGGCCGCUUGGAAGAUCUCUGCCUUGGAUCCGGUGCGAUUACUGCUGACCCUCGGAGCAAACCCAAGCCUUGCGGAUCACACUCACGGAAAUACGGCCCUUCAUUGGGCCAUUCUUGCACGCAAUGCCACUGCCGUCAGUACCUUGAUCCUGAAAGGCAAAGCGAGUCUGGAAGUUCCUAAUUUGCGAGGGGACACCCCACUAACGAUGCUUCAACCGCACCUGGGUUCAAUCUGGAUCGGUUCGAAAGUAUCGGAAAAAGUUCGAGACCUUACCCAACAGUCCCAGCGUCGCAAUUUCAUCGUCCGCUUCACACUGGACAAGCGAUUCCGCUGGUGGAGCAUGAUUGCCACCCCCUUCCUGGUGUUCUACCUGGCCGGAUUAAUCUUCUGCGCGGAAACCCUGAUCAUCAUCAAAGUUUUCCUCCUCGGCUGCUUGUACGCCCUGUCUCACACGAUCGGUCAGACGCUGUUCGACGAAACGCUGAUGGCACUGCUGCCCCUCAGUGUCUACAUGGCCACCAAGGCGUGGUUCUACGUGACCUGGUUGACGUAUAUUGCGCCCACUGUAUCCUUUUUGGCGUCGCUUUCGUUCCUAACGUGCAGCGCCGGGUUGUGGGUGUGCUUCCUGAAGUCGUGGCGAGGCGAUCCGGGCGUUAUUCAACCGACGCAGGAGCAGAGAUUCCGAACCAUCAUCGAACUGUCCGAACGCGGUGGCGGAGGCUUCGAACCGUCCGCUUUCUGCUCGGCUUGCCUGGUGCGCCGUCCGGUUCGAUCGAAGCACUGCUCCGUUUGCGAUCGUUGCGUGGCCCGUUUCGAUCAUCACUGCCCGUGGGUUGGCAACUGUAUCGGCGCCAAAAAUCACAAAUACUUUAUGGGAUUCCUCUGGAUGUUGAUGAUCAUGUGCGCAUGGAUGUUGUACGGAGGAGCGAACUUCUACGUUCAGGCGUGCAGUGUCAAUAUGGAAGAAGUUUUGUCAGGUCUGUGGAACGCCAUUGUCGCGAUCGGGUCCUGUAAUCCGUGGGUUGGCUGGGUAAUGGCGAACGCCCUGCUGCACAUGUCCUGGGUGACAGUGCUGACGAUUUGCCAGACCUACCAGGUCGUGUGUCUGGGAAUGACAACGAAUGAGCGUAUGAAUCGAGGACGUUAUCGUCACUUCCAGGCCAAGGGUGGCAAGAGUCCGUUCACUCGAGGUCCCAUCAAAAAUCUGUUCGAUUUCAUGGAAUGCAGCUGCUUUGGCCUGGUACAGCCACUGAAAACAGAUUGGAUGCAGUAUUUCGACUUCGACAAGCACGUGGAACACGAACCACUGCUUCGACCGGAUAACUUUCAGUACGUCUGAAGAAAGCGAACGGAAACUGCGGCGGGAGAGAACGAAACCGAAAAGAAAGCAAACGAAGAAAUCGCAACUGGAACAGAGCUUGGAGUCGGAUCUGAAACGACUGGUAAUCGACAGGAUGCUCCAGAACGGUUUGAAGCGCAAACUGAUCUGACAAUUGCAGUUGCUGAUGGAAUAGCGAUGGUUUGAGGGUAUAGAGAAGGCAUUUCGUUAAAGAUUCUUUUUUCCUUCACGAUUGCUUCUCGCUGCUUGGUUUUCCAUUUAAGAUUGUGAUUUUAAGUUGUAUCAGGUGAAUGAAAGAACAAAGAAAGGCUUUAGAUAGUAUAGUAGGGUAAAGUUAAUUGAAUGUGCUUAAAUGUGUAGAAAUCUGUAUUGAGAAAAGCCGAUCAACCAAAAAGGCGAGAAAAAGACACGAAGUAUAUAUUUGGUAUAUAUUUAUCGUAAAUGAUAGUACAGAUGUUUAAGCAAUAGAAAUUUAGUUGUAGCACGUUAGAUAGAUUGUAAAUGUUUUCCCAAAAAGUAGUUUUAUUAGAAAUAAAGACGUACUAGUUUUCAGUUUCUCUCAGAAUUGAUCACAGUACUAUCCUUCUGAAAUACAUGUAUUAUGUAGAAACCGGCAUAUAGAUACAGAUACCUUUCCAAGAGUGACCAUUCUAAAUGCAAUAUACAUAUGUAAAUCUGAUUGACAAACCAUAGCAACAGUCAAGUGACUGAUUAUUUGUUUCGGAUGAAUGUUUUAUUUUUUACUAUGCGAUGAUAGUUGCUUUGGCUUGGUAAACCAUUAACGGUUUUGCGAAUAAAAUCCUUGAACACCACCUUGCACCUUUACUGUAAUGAUAGAAAUUAAGUCUUUAUCCAUGCUUAUAUUUUUAGAAUGUAAGGAAAAGCUGUACUGUAUCUAUUGCAUCUAAUCCAUAAAACGUUGUGCUUAGGGAAGCACAUUUUAAUUCCCACUAGCCAGAGACAGCUAAAAAGAAUGGAAAAUCCAAUUCUUCCGAAUUCGUAGAUCGUUAGAAGAACAGCAAAUACCGAUUAGCACUUUGAUUAACACAUAAAUCUAUGCGGAUUAUCGAAUACUGUAAUAAGUCCAUGUUGAAUGUUAGAAAAUCAAGUGCGCAAAAUAAGUUCAAUUCCGAUUUUUGUAGUUUUGUCACAAGACAGUAUACCAUUCAGAACAAUGCGAAAUCGGUGCCGUUCGACAAUCAAUAGACUGGCAUAAUUUCAUUAGUGUUUUUUAUUUCGCAUUUUGAGUUUUGCUUAAGAACUCAAACGUAAUAUGAUGUCGCUAUGCAAAUGAUACUGGAGAAAUGGUUCAUUUUAGAUGCACUGCAGACUGCUGAGAGGUUGCAUUUAUGAUCAUAUUCAUAAAGCAAACAAAUUCGCAAAGCCACUUUGUCCAACGUUACACAGUCUAGUCAUGUAUGUAAGUUUUACACUGUAGAUGCGGGUGUGCGUUAUAUGGAUCGAGUAAAAUAUACAGACAAAUAUCGUUGAAAUUUAUCGCUAAUUUGUGUACUGAAAACAUCAAUAAGAUUAGAUCAUGGUGAUACCCACCCAUAGUUUUGCAAAAAAAAAAACUGAUAAGAAAAGAUCAAGAAAUCACUAUAUUAAACAGAACAUUUGUAAACUACAACUUAGUGUAAAUUGAACCUUAAACAAAAUCCUAAACAAAGCUACCGAAGAAGCAAGCAAAAUCGAUUCAAACGACACCACUCAACGAAAACCAACAGCACUCAACUCGGAAAGGUAUAUAUCAUAAAAAUGAAAACAAUUACAACAAAAUAACAUUCUCUUUACCCCCCAGUAUAUGUAUAAACAAUCAUAGAAUUGAAUUCCUGACUUCAAGUCCACAAUUUCAACUAUUAUGUAGAAAGUGAAUUCAUCACAGAGAGAAACAUAUAAAUGCAUAGUUCUACACUUCUAUCCGCACAUUGAUUGCACACACGUAUGUGUAUAAGUUGAAUAAAACUGAGAAAAAAACA